AUGAUGAUGAUUGAAGGAUUUGGGUGUAGCGGUUCGAAAGCGAGUGAUAAGAAUAAUGAGAGAGAUCUGCGAGAGACAGCCCGAGUUCGGCAAGAUUCCCGAGAUGCUGUCGAGGAUCGUGAGGAGGGUGUGCGACGAGGAGGGCGUCAAGAAGCUCACUCUCGAGACGUUUCAAUUCCUAUGGUUUCAGCCCGUGAAGGAUAG